CUGUCAAUUUAUAAUGUCUAUGCAAUCAACGAUUCCUCCACCUCCUCAAGAUCCAGAAUUGCAACGAAUAAUCGAUUCAACGGCAGAAUUUGUUGCCAAAAAUGGCCCUGCAUCUGAAGAAGUUGUUAGACAACAAAACAGAAAUGAUCCCCGAUAUGUUUUUCUGUUCGGAGGGGAAUUCUCUGACUACUACAAAUAUAGAUUGCUGUUUGAAAUACAAAAUUUGCAAGUAAUUGCUCAAAUACCUCCACCAACAACGAAGAAUUCGUUGGAAUUUGAACUAAAAAAUGCAGAAGAACAAAUAACUUGUCUUAGGAAGCAAAUAAUUGAUUCCGAAUCUAAUUUAAAAGCACACGAGAUGGCACUGAAUUCUCAAAGACAGUCAAAAAUUGAUGUUUUAUGGAGAGCAAAAGAGGAUAAACGCAUUGAUGACUUGGUCAAACAAGUUGGACUAAAUAUCUCAUCUUUUGAUAAAUGUUUGGAACGGCUACAAGAAUCCGGCUCCAAAGAUACAAUUUCGGUCUGUCUCACUCUGACAUGCAAAAAUUUUUGUCAAAAUUUUUUUCCUUUAAGUUUCUUAGAACUUCCCAGGAACAGUAAAAAAUGGAUUUUCGACAAUUGUAGUAGUGAUCGUUUGCGAGAAAUUAUUCUUACUUAUCUUCUGCACAGAGUGCGGGAACGUACAGCUACCGAUGCGUUUAGACUUCAUGUUCUUUACUUAAUUAAUGAUUGGGCACAUUAUUGUCAUCGCAAGAAAUUGGACAGCAUCCGUCAAAUGCUUUCACGUUAUGUGCCCAAACUUUACGCUUAUGCUAGUAAUAAUGCUGGGACAAUAAACGCAUUUAGUGAGAAAUUAGAAAAAUUAGUUGGCGUUUGGGAAGGACAUAAAUACUUUGAUGAUAGUUGUUUUAAGCAAUUACGAAAUCCUGUCGCUGUUAUAGCCACAGAACAGGCAACUGUAGCUGCAUAUCAAUCACAAUUGGCAAUUGAAGUGGAUAAAGAAAUUGGGGAAACACUUGGGAAUUAUGCAAAACAACAUAAAGAAUAUGAGCAACAUGUUUUGACAAAAAUUGCAACAAUGGAAACACAAAUGAGGGAGAUUAAAGAUAGAAUAGAAGCUGAAAAUAUAAGGCAAAAGGAAGAAGAAUAUGGCACGGAAAGAAGACGUUCUCGCUUUGAUCAACAACAACCUAAUAAAAUCCCUUCAUUAUUUGAAUCUACCAAUUCACCAUCUAAAAAACCAUUGGGAAUACCUUUGCCAAAAGGGGGACCUCCUCCUCCAAUGUCUGGUGGAUCAAAUUUUCCACCACCUCGUUCACAGCCUCCACCGCCUCCGCAACCUCCAGCUUUGGAUUUGACGCCAAAAGUGCCAUACUAUGAAUUACCUGCUGGAAUGAUUGUUCCACUCGUUAAAAUGGAGGAUGUUACGUAUAACCCGCUAAAAGAGAAGGAUUUGCGUCUUCCUCAUCCUGACCCUCCCAACGAUAGUUUACUUCGAGAAAUUGAUCGUUUCUACAGCGCUCUGCAAUUUCCUCCACCAAUUGAUUGUAUUAGAGAUAAUGAGGGUUGGGAGAUGAAUGGACUUGUUGAGCAUUAUGUAAAGAAGGAGGAUCAUAAAAAGAAGCUUGAGCUUAAAAUGAAGGAGGAGGGAAAGACUUUGGAAGAUGCUUUUACCAACAAAUACAUUCCGCCUAAAACGCCACCAAAAUCUUCGAAAUCUCCGCCAAGACAUGAAAAAAAUAAUGGAAGCAAAUCCAGUAGAAGUCGAAGGAGAUCCCGUUCUAGAAGCCGAAGUUCGUCUUCAUCAUCAAGUAGUAGCAGUGGCAGUAGAAGUUCAUCUUCAAGUUCAAGCAGUAGCCGAAGCUCUUCGCCUAGAAGAAGAAGAAAAUCGAGGAGUGCAAGUCCUGUCAUAAAAAGAAUUAAACGUUCUCGCAGUCCAACACCAGACGAAAGACCGACGUUUGCCGUGCCUGUUGGACCAGCCCCUCGUACUUCAAUUUCUUUCAAAAUCCCUCCUCAACCUAUAAAUCGUGAAACAAAUAAAGGCGCCCAAUUAAUGGCAAAAAUGGGAUGGGAAGGUAAAGGACUUGGAACUAAAGAACAGGGAAUUGAGGAGCCAGUAAGUGGAGGAGAAGUACGAGAAAAAACAGAGCAAUUUAGAGGACUUGGAUCAAAACCUGACAUUUAUGAGCAAUAUCGAAAACAAAUGAGUACACAAAUGGCAAGAAGAAUACACAAAAUGAAUUAG